AUGGACCAGCGCUGCUCUCAGCCGGUCGUCCCCAUCCUCCUGAUGGGGUUUGGACUUGUUGCCAUCCUGCUCCUGACCAUCCCCAUCCAGGACGUUCGGGAGGCGCCGGGGUUUAUGUACGGGAUUGUCUUGGAUGCUGGAUCUUCGCACACAGCUCUGUACAUAUACAAGUGGCCAGCAGACAAGCAAAAUGGCACGGGCGUGGUCACCCAGCACAGCGAAUGUCACGCGAAGGGCGGAGGGAUCUCCAGCUAUGCGGGCCAACAGGGAGCAGCAGGGCAGAGCUUAGAGACAUGUCUGGACCAGGCAGUGAAGGACAUCCCCAAAGAACGACACAGGCUCACACCUGUGUACCUGGGAGCCACAGCUGGCAUGAGGCUUCUGCACAUCUCAAGCCCAGAGCUGUCAGCUCAGAUUCUGCAGGAGGUGGGUCACAAAAUCAAGUCCUACCCUUUCAGCUACCAGGGGGCGGCCAUACUGAGCGGUCAACAGGAGGGGGCGUACGGCUGGGUCACUGUCAACUACCUCUUAGAGAACUUCAUAAAGUAUGGUUUCGUGGGGCGUUGGUUCAGCCCCGGCAGGCCCACAGUGGGAGCGCUUGAUUUUGGCGGGGCGUCCACCCAGAUAACAUUUGCGACUCAGGAGGAAGUAGAGGACGAGAAGGACAUGAUAAAGCUGCACCUUUAUGGCCAGGAGUACUCUCUGUACACACACAGCUUCCUGUGCUACGGGCAGGACCAGGUCCUCAAGAGACUGCUGGCUCACAUAGUGAAGUCUCAGGGUUACCCUGGGUCAAUCACUCACCCCUGCUACCCUGCAGGCCACAAUAGAACUUUGAAGUUGAACAGUAUAUUUAACUCUCCGUGUACUGCUAAGUACAAACCCAGCUCCUACGACUCCCAGGCUUCUCUGACAAUACAAGGCAGCGGACACUAUGAACACUGUCUGGGCAACGUGUCUGAGAUCUUCUCCUUCGACAGCUGUCCGUUCUCCCGGUGCUCCUUUGAUAGAGUCUUCCAGCCAAAUGUCACAGGCAGCUUCAUGGCGUUCUCUGCUUUCUACUACAUUCACUCCUUCCUGCAGCGUACCACCAGUAUCAAUGCGAGGACUCCUUCACAACUGGAGGAGGCAUCCAGAACUGUGUGCAGGAUGACUUUCAAAGAAAUGUUGCUUCUUGCGCCGCUCCAAAGGUCUCGUCUGCAGGACUACUGUGCCAUCUCUGCGUACGUUAAGAUUCUCAUGUUGAGAGGAUACGGCUUCGAUGAGACAUCGUUCCCACGCAUUUCCUUCCAGAAGAAGGCAGGGGACGCCUCGGUGGGUUGGGCUCUGGGCUACAUGCUGAGUUUGAGCAGUUUGCUGCCGGCAGAGACGGUGGGGCUGAGGAAGGCCCUGACCCCGGGAGCCUGGGGAACGCUCAUCUGUCUCUUUGUCCUCCUGCUCGGGGCGGUCCUGGUGUUCAUCUUGCUCCAAGCUUGGGGUGGAAAGAAGAAAGGAGGAAGUGAAAGCACCAUCUAGAUACUGUAACACCAUGCAGUGCAGUCAGAGAGCAGUAAGAUGGUAACGUGUUUUUGCUUGUGUUGUGUCUACUACAGAAUUAAGUUUCUAAAAUGAAACUGUGAGGUUUAAAGAGCUGAAUGUGAGCUUUAUUUAAAGGUCCAGUGUGUAGCAGUUCUAGGGAUCUAGUCGCAGAAAUGGAAUAUAAUAUACAUAACUAAGUUUUCAUUAGUGUAUAAUCAGCUGAAACUGAGAAUCGUUGUUUUUUGAGCCCCACAUAUCUAAAAAAGGGAGCAGGUCCUAUUCAUUGAGCACGCCAUGUUGCGGCGUCAUGUUUCUACAGUAGCACAGAACGGACAAACCAAACAAUGGCUCUAGCCUACAGCCUUGCAUGUUUUUUAUGUUACCUGAAGGCCACCAUAUUUCUCCAACAUGCUUGGGAAGGGAGCAGUGAGUGGAGGAGUAUUCAGUUGGUUGCAACCUGCAGCCUCACCACUAGAUGCCACUAAAUCGUACACACCGCUCCUUUAACGGUGUUUACAUUACAAUGGGUGACCAGUGCAGGAACUGUAUCUCUUUUCUUACAUGGUCUUUAAAACAUGGAGACUGCACUGCUUAUUCACUGAUUGCAAAGGGUUUGACUACAGUUGUAUAAUUGCAAUCACUUUAUUUUGAGUAAAUAAACAUAUCCAUUUACUCUCUGUCUCCUCAAAUUGUGGGACUGGAUAAAAAAGACUCUAGCUUUAACUUCACAGUGCUUUUUAUGUCAUUUCAAAUCCAAUGUACUGGAGUACAGAGCCAACACAAUGAAAACAUGUCACUGACCGAAUACUGUCUGACUGCGCUGUCGGUUUGAGAACAUAGCACACUGGCACUACAGGGGAGGUCUGAAUGUUAUUUUUAUUCUUGAAGAGUCCAACCAACUUUUGAUUGUAUGGAAUGUAAAAAAAAUCCAGAUUUUUGUGACUGCACUUGGAGGCACUCUUGCAGUAAAAUGAAGCAAACUGAAACCACUAUUUCAUUCAUAUAUAUAUAUUCAAAGAUGUUUAUCAAGCGGGCAGCCUUUAUAUAGCGUCUGCCCAGAUUAACUUUUAAUAAAUCAAGCUAAGAUUCAAAUUUAUUUGAAUAGCAUAAUAUCAACACAUUUCAGACGGUAUAAAUAUAGAAAUAAUGUAAUGAUAGAAAAUAGCUCUUGAAUCACUCACAUAUGUAUUUAGUUUUCUUGAUAUCUAUGACACAGUAGUUACUGAUACGGUAAGUUCAUACCACACUCAUAUUUACUCACAGACUUUAAGUUUAAGUUGUCUUUUUUCACAGUAACACAUGUUUCAGUAAUGAAUUAAUCACUUUAUUUUAAAGAAUAGUAGUGGUGAUCAGUUUUAGUCGAAAGUGGUUGUUUUUGUAUCUGACAUGUGUGGUGUUUUUGUACUGCAUUGUAUUAUAUUUAAGGGACAUAUUUUUCACCAUAAAACUAGAAUGUAAGGACUGCUUUGUUGGAUUGGAUCACACAUAACUUAUACUGCAUUUAUUGUGCCGACCCCCUCUGCAUUACAUGCUGAGGUGAAACAUGAAAGCAAUUAAACCCUUAAAAAAAAGAAUCAUUAUGAAGAAAUGUAUGCUGCAACACAAAGACAUUCCGAUAUGUACUCAGGUGUGCUGGCAUUAAAAGCUAAUGGCAACUCUUGACAUGCUUUAGCUGUGCUAAAUCUACAUUUUGGUUGCAGCAAUUCAGUGUCUCUGUGCCUUUUUCAAGAGCUUCCCAGAUAGCCCCUGCAUGUUGAAUUUUUAUGUAUAUUGUAGCAUCUUUCAAAUUAUUCUUGUGGCAUUAAAUGCUUUUUGCUAAAAGAAACAAUUGGAAAAUCCUGGUGAAAAUUGGUGCAGUGUACAUUUAAUCAAGUGUGGAAAUACAUUUUUUUUUACAAUUUUACACCUUACCAACAUUUUCACUAGAAUUAGCCAUUUUAAUUGAUUAAUUCAUAUACUAGUCAUUGUAAAUUUUGUAUGAUUUUAUCAUGUCGUUUCAUUGCUCUCUGUGUGGUCACGUUGUGUG